AUGAGGAUUCUAGCUCUUCUGCUGACGCUUUUCGCGUCCGAUGUCAUCGCAAUCCCACAACGUAACGGAAAUGGAAAUAGUGCACAUGUCGGGCCAAUUGGUGCUGCGUCCUCCACCACGAGAGUCCCUGGCAUCUCAACAAGACCUGCUGCCCCGGCCUCCUUGUCAAGCCCAUCUAUCCCCAGAGUGUCGCCUACGCCUCCACGGUCAUCUCCAAGAUCGUCUUCCAGCAUUCCACGACCAUUACCAUCAUCAUCAGCAGAGGCGACACCUCCUCGUUCAUCACCAUCUACUUUCCCUAUUUGUCCUGUAUCAACUAUAACGAUCACUUCAUUGUUCUGUCCUCAAACAUCGUUCCCCCCAUCGCCGGCUUCUGUCACGGCAACUGUGUCAUCUACACCAAGGGCGCCGCCGCCUUCACCGUCGGUUAGAGUUCCGUCUUCUGUGCCUCCGGUUCUCUCGCCGCCACCAGUGACGCCCCCUCGUCCAGCUUCAUCGACUCCUGUGGUACCAUCACCUUCUGGUUCUUCAAGCCGUCGCUUCGGGGUUGGAAUUUCUGUGCCCGUCCCGCCAAGUUUACCAGCAAGGGUCCCGACUUCGGGUAUCAGGAUCCCUGGAGGUGGCCCCAGCAACAGCUUUGUUUUCGGUCCGGCUUCACCACGCACAAGUACAACUUCAACGCCAACAUCGAUAAUUCCUAGUAAUAUCGGUGGUCCAGCGGCUGCUUCAGCACCAGUGCCUCCACUCCCGGGACCCUCAACGACAGUCCCGGGCGGACCACCCACAACGGGGCCUAUACAGGGUGUUGCUGCUUCCGCUCCCGCACCGCUGCCUCUAUCACCACUGGGAGGAUCACCGACAACUACAGUCGCGGGUGGACCGCCUACAACUAGACUUGUGCAGUCUGUCGCUGCUUCUGCGCCUGCACCACCACCACCUCCCCCUGCCUUCCCAGCAUUCACCUCUGUACCUCUCCGUAUAGCGCCGAAGCUUCGGGCAUACUAA